AUGGCCUGCCGGGUGCCCCGAGCGCGGGGACACCCCGUAGCGGGCAGAAAGGGAACCAACGGCCGCAGCCAAUCAGAGUCGCGAGUUCCGCUUCCCGGGCAGGCGGAGGGCGGGGCCGGGCCCAUGUCGGUGGAUGUGCGGUGUCCUGAGGCAGGGGUUAGGAAACCUGUCUGCUCUGUAGAGUUCAAUACUAAUAACAAGUUAAUAGAAUUUAUUCCGAGUUCAAAUCCCUCCUCUCAGACUGACAUAGAAGAACUUUUUUUACUUACGAAAGAUGCUUUUAAGGAAGAACCAACCCAAGAGAAAUAUUUGAAGACUGACUAUGACAAUGAAUAUAAAACACAAUGGCAAGAUUUACAUAUGGAAGAGGAACUUCUUUUUAUUGAUAACCUUGAAACUAUUCGUAAAAAACUGCCUUCUUCAUCUGUACUUCUGAGCAGACUACAUUUUUUUUUAGUGAAAGAUCCCCUUUUAGAUUCUGAAGGACAGAGUUUAGCAGAAGAGAACGUUUUCAGGGAAUGUUUGACUUUCCAUAAUGAAAUGGAGAUGGAAGAGAGUAAAAAAGAAUUGCAGGGGAUUAAAGAGAACUUCUGUACCAUAUCUAUAAAAGAUGAAGAGUAUUUCAUGUUGCCUAUCGAGUCAGAAUUCUGCACACCCAGUAAUGGCAGAUCAGAUUCUGUUAAUAUUCCAUCAUACUUGGAACUGAAGGAGUUGUUAAAUUUAGCUCCAGAAACUAUGGCUGAUGAAGAUAUGUGCAAAAAGGUGAUCAAAGAAGAUCUCAAAGCAGAAAUUGCAUACAAAAUAGAAAUUUCUGACUACUCUCCCAUGCCACAAGAGCUUUGCUCCAGUAAUAGCAGAAGUAUGUUGGAAUUCUGUGAGUCAGCUAAAUAUGUUCCAUAUCUGAAAGAUGAAAUGGAAGUACCUUUAAGUCCUCCAUGCAGACAACAAAGAUCAUGGGUUAAUUUUAUGGCCACAGGACUUCAAGAAGAACCUAUUCCUUCUUCUGAUGACAGUAUUUUGAUUACAGAGUCCUCCAGGGAAUACCUAAAAUCUUUGGUAUGGCAAUUAGAGAAGUAUCGGGACAAUAUGAGCUCUCUUUUGCUUGUUGAGCAUCAGGCUGAUAAACUUGCAUGUCAGCAUUAUUCACUUACAGAACUGAAGGAAGCAAUGCCAGUUGAGGUAGAAGGACCAGUGCUUAGCCCACUGAAGGAGGGCUGGUGGGUUCAUCUGGGUUUGAAUCCAGUCUCCACAGAAACUUUGGAAAAAUUAACUGUGAAUGCCAGUAAUGAAAAUAGUUGGUUUCCGACAAAACUAGAAACAUUCACACAAUUUACAUCAUAUCAGAUAGAAAGGUGGCUUGAAGAGAUGGAUUCCAUGACAAGCCAGGAGCUCCUUUCUGCUGAAAAACAUCAGUCAGACAAAACUAUUAAUCUUUGCAUGUCAACACAGACUCAAAAGCAGCACUUUGCUGUGCAUAUGGGUGCUGCAUCACCUGCCAAAAUUCCCAGUAUGAAUACAUCUGUGGAAGAGCUUACUGGAAGAAGCAUAAAAAGGAAUAAGGUAGAAGAGGAAAUUUAUUUCGUAAACCAAGAAAAGAAAACCCCCAAAUCAUCUGAGUUAGUCAGCAGGAAAGAUGUGCCUUCUGAAGAAGACAACUCAUCCAGUAGUGAAAAGCCUGCAUCAUUUGCAGCUGUUACAAAAUGGGACGAUGAUUCUGAUUUGAGCAACUUUAUCAUGCUGAGAUCUAAACGUAUGCUUACCCAAAGAGAGGAAAAAAAUUAUGUAGGUAGUCCUGAAAAAGUGCUACAACCUGAAGAACAGCAUACACAAGUUCACAAAGAGGUCAGUUCUGUUUGUGAGACAGUAAGAAUAGAAGAAAAACAAGAGAAUGAGGACAGUAUCACAGUCAAUAUUCAAGCAUCAGAAAGCCAAUGCCAGGCAUACUGCCUUUUGGAAGAAGCAGCCACUCCUAUUCUAGAAGAUUUGACACAUACAAGUAUGCUUGCUUCUGUAAAUUGGAGAUUUGACAGCAUUAAAUUUGAUCAUACAAGGUUUUUCUUAAAGCAGCAAGAGAAAGUAGUAUGUGACCGUUUUAAAGAAGGUAAAAUAGAUGAGAAGGAAAUCAUGCUGUUCAGACAUGCUGCUCUGGUGCACCUGCUGGUGACUGGUCGAGAUCUUCUAUUAACAUGUGGCUUGGACACAGCACUAGGUUAUUUGUCCAAGGCAAAGGAUAUCUAUAAAAACAUCUUAGAAUCCUGUUUGAAUAACAUCUGGAGACAGUUGAAGAUUGUACAGUACAGCAGCCAGAAAAAGCAUGAAACAAAUCCCAAAAUAACAGAGCUUCAGUGUCAAAUGUUAAAUUGGAUGCAAAGUUAUGGAGAAAAAAACAGUGUUAAGAUACUUAUUAUAACAAGGGUGGACUCUGAGAGAGAAAAAGAUGCCCUCAUUCAUGCUUUAUCUAAAAUAGAAGGCUUAAAAGCUACAGAUUUGAAUUCUGAGAAAAAAAGAACCUUUUUAAGUUGCAAAGAUAUCAUAAGCAACCUUCGUAUAUAUUCCUGUGUUAUUGUACAUAACCAGCAAAUUGGAGCUGACUUUCCUUGGACACAUUUCUCAUUAGUAGUGGAAUAUGAUUAUUCUGAAAACUCUUGCUGCAAAUAUCUGUGCAAAAAUCUGAAUGUUACUUACAUGACUUUUAAAACCACCCUUCCUGAAACAAUAUGGAUGGGUAAUCGCUGUAGUUCCUUUCUUCUGGAAGUGCAGAUUCCAUAUGUAUUUCUGACAACUGAAGGUCUUCUUAAUAUGCCAGAUAUUCUUCAGCUUUUGGAAUCCAAGUACAGCAUUACCUUUGUUGAAAGAAGCAGUAGUUACUCCUUAAGGCUCUGUGGAAGUACAGAUCAGUAUGUUGUGCUGACAAUAGAUGAAUGUACUGCUAUCUAUUUGCAGACUAUGGAAGAACUAAAUUGUGAGAAAUCCUGUGAAAAUGUAAUAUUGAAGCUGAUGGUUCUGUCUCUCCAAUAUACGUGCUGUUGGAUUGUUUUCUAUUCCAGAGAAAGACCGAGUUUAGAGUACAGUCUCCGAGGAGACACUGUGCUUAACCUUGUCUUAAUUUAUGCUGCGCUAAUUGAACUUACACAAAAGUCAGAAGACUUUGAAGUAAAGGUAGUUCUUAUGCCAGGGAUUGAAGAGACAGCACUGGUAAUUCGUCAGAUUGCUGACAACAUUUUGAUAGCAUCUAAUACAAGUCCUCAUGACUGGUUGGACAAAUCCUGGCUUUCUGUCUUGCCAUCUGAGACAGAGAAAUGCCUGCUUACUUUUCCAUGUGUCAGUCCUCUGGUUGCUCAGCUUAUGUUAAAGAAGGGAUCUUCACUGAACAAGUUGUUUCUUGCAAGCUUUGAUCAACUUCAGGAACUUCUGCCAGAGGUUCCAAAAAAAGUUCUAAAGCAUUUUAGUGACAUGACAUCUUCGUACAACCGAAAGGCUGCUGCUCCACUAGAAACACCAAUGAAACGUGCACCACCCCCAGAAAAGCAGAGUAACUUCAACACAUUCUAUCCGGAUUAUAAACAAAAACAUCAUUCUUUAGGAUUGCUUGUUAAGACACAAAACACCACAGCAGCAUCUCGUGUGAGUUCUGAAACCUUAAUUCCUCCACUGAAUCCUCAUCGGGGUGUUUUUUACUGUGAUGCUCCAAGCUAUUUGCAAAUGAAAUCAUGUUCUUCAGAAGUAGUUACGGGAAGAAAGCAGAAUUUCUUUGCUGUGCCAAAGGACUGUGAAGAUUUUGCACAUCUAGAUGUUACUAAUUCUCUUCAUGUUCAAAGAGAGCCUGUGAGGAUGCAUUGUAGCUCUGAUGAUUCUUCCAAAAACUCUGAAAAAGAGAAUUUCUUUGCAGCUUUCAGUGAUUGUAAACCUCAGGAUUGCUCACAGAGUUUUCUAAAGGAAUUCAGAGACACAACAUUUGAUAGCCCAGAAAUUCUGAUUGACCAGACCCCAUGGAAUGACUCUUCAUCCACAGACCCAUGUGAUUCAUUUGCACCUGAUGGAUUCCUCUCUGAUUUCUUUGUUGACCCAGAUGAGCUUCGAAGUCUGAGUUUUCACCAAAUAGGUAGAGAAACUAAAGGAAAGAGAAAACAAAAUCCGCCAUUUGUAUGGACAAAAGAAAAAAAUACAACAGAUUCAGGAUUUGCAGAAGUACCAGAGUUCAAAAAACAAAGACUGACAUAUGAAAGAGUCCCUGGAAGAAGUGAUGGACAAACACGUCUUAAAUUCUUUUGAAUGGGAUAGAAUGGGGA